UUCGGUCUUCGUUUGUACAAAUUCUUACACGGGACAAAGUUUUGAUAAAUCAAGGCCUCUUCAGCCAAGGCAGGUCAGGCGAAGAACCGUACCACUUAAAAAAGCUCCUCUUGUCUACCACUCAUCUUAACAGAAUGCAGAAAUUAUGGAUCGCACUGAUUUUCUGGGCGUUUGCGUUAAUCAAGGCGAGAUCGAUUCCCAGCUAUACUUUUAAAUCGAAUGGGAGGUUAUACAGAGCUCCUGUGUAUGACCGAGACACGUACUCCAUGUCUGUCACUCCCGAGACUCCGGACAGCGACAGAGUCAUUAUUAUACAUGACUAUACAACCAAUAUAACUGUUUACAAAGACAUCAGUGCGACCACUUGUCUCAUCUCUCCUUUCUACCCAGAGGUGCUCGAAAAAGAUGUGCUUCUACUCAAAAUGCGGAGAGGCCGCAAUGGCGUGCGGGAAAGUGGGGCAAUAUUCUUAGUCGCGGAAAUGAAGUUAACGAAAGAAGAAACACAAGCGUUUGGAAUUGGCGCUCGUUUGUGCCUUAGUUAUCCUGCGUUCCUUGUGCGACGCUCAUCACAGUCACCGCGUCAUACUAAGAGCACGACUGACAAAGAUUCUGUCCCAUCAAUUGGCCGUGUCUACGUGGAUAUUCGGUUUGCCAGAUGACAACUUUUAUAGGAUAAAUCGGACAAUGGCAGUGAGACUAAAGAACGCAUUCGGCAAUCAAAAAUAAUGACGUUAUUUAAAAUCGAUCAGUGGAAGACGAUCAGACAGUCCCGGCAAUCAGUAGCAUUGCCAUGGCCUGUAUUUCAAUUGUAUAAAGAUCUCUUGGUCACUUGUAUAUUCAGAACGUCUGUGAUAAAUAUGAAUUAUGUACAUGUGUGAAGGAAGUCGAAUGUUUUGGGAUGAAAUGCAAUUAUUAUGGGAGCCAGAUCUUGGAUAGCAGCGAGGGGUAGCACUGUCGUAAGCUAUACACUAGUCUGCUGUAGUUGUGCGUGGUUUGGAGUGGACGACUGAUAUAGGGCCUACCGCACACGAGAGCCACGAGCUGGGCAAAUGACUUCUUUGCGUACGUGUAUGUUGAAGCGUAGGGUUUUUUUUUUCAUGUCAGAUACCGAUGUUAAAACCUGUAUUGUGCUUCAAGUUGAUGCACGGGCUGAUAGACUUGUGUCGAAGGCACAAAUGAAAAAUAUCUUAUGCCGGAUAUAACGAAAAUGAUUUGAUGAAAUAAUGGAGGAAGAUAUCUGGUACUUACACUCAUUAUUUAAUAAUCUACGGAUAAGAUUAAAGAUUUAACCUAUAAAUAUCUAGUAAACAUAUUCUUUGACUUGUAAAUACAAAUUAUACUUCAUUUAUUUGAAUGAUGGCCUGUAAGUGACUGUCCAAUUAUAUUAAACAACAAAAUAACAUUGUCGACAACUAGACCUUCCUUAUUUUAUCAAUAAAAAGUUAUUUAUCUGUCAAUUAAACUUUUCUUUAGUUUAAGAGAAUUGAAAUUACCUUUACUAUUAUACAUUGUAACACUCAGACUGAUUAAACUCGAGCAUUACGUAUUUUAUUUACUAAUUGUGUUUUACUUAUUCGUUUCUAUUACUUUAUUUCAUGUU